AUGGCUCAAUGCCAUGAAGCAGCGACGUUGCUGCCUCCCGAGACCAAGAGCACAGAGGUGGCCGAGGCAUGGAAGAGGCGACGCAGAAGUGCCCUGUUAGCCUUGCCAGCGCUGCUUCUCGCAGUGCCGCUGGUGUGGUGGAGGCAGUCGACGGCCAGCUCACCCAACUUGGAGCCUGUGGCCCUUCCGGACGUACAGCAGCUGAUCAGAUUGGCUGCUGCUCUGGAUCCAGAACAAGAGGUUCUGCACGCCUUGGGCUUCCAGAACUCAAGCGACGACUUUCAAACCUCGGUAAGGCGUAAGCUGCAGGCUGCGGGACUGCCGCCUCUCAGGGAGGCCCUAGAGGCGGAGACGGAGUACGAUCCCAGCGCCAACAUCGGCGUGGCAGUUUGCGUUGUGGAUGUGGGCCAGACCUUCUUCCAGUUGGGCCAAGGGCUGAUGGCGAUCAAUGCAGCCAGCAUCAGCUGCAUCACUGGUGCCAAUGUCAGUGCUGCUGACAAGCAAGCUUGCAGCGUCUCAGUGUCUUAUGCGAUUGCAGGAAUUGUGUGGGCCGUCAGCUUUGCGACCGACGCCAUCUCGCAGUGUGCAGGCUCCUUGAACCUUCAGGCAGCUUGUGCAACCGAUUUGACGGUGAACCUCGGCUCCUGGUCCUUUCUGUCUUCCUCCAUCAGUUCCAUGGUGCUCAACUGCCCCACGAGCGCAGAACCACACACGCUGCAGUCGCUGUCGAUGCUCGGCGGACGACGCUUAGGUGAUGCAGAUGGCAUUGAUGUCAAGAAGCUGGCGCCGGACCCAAUCCUGGAGCGAGAAGCGAGCACGCUGGACAUGAUAGAAGAGAUCAAGCAACACAAGGAAGAUGAGGAGAUCCGAAGCGCGCUGAAAGCGACCUGCUUCUUCGACGUGGGUCAUGCUGCAUUCUGGGCAGCUCGGGUUGGCACGAGCAUCACUCAGGCCACUUUGGAUUGCACAGAGAAGAGCUUCGCCAGUGCAGGCGAAGCAGGAAAGAUGUCCUGCUCAGUUGAUGUGAGCGGCAUCAUUGGGGCAGCUGCCUUUCUUGGCAGCACCAUCGCUCUCACAGUGGCUGGCUGCCCAGCGGCGCUCGACAAGGACGUCAGCAACACGCUGUGUGCAGCUGCUAUCAUUGACACCGUUGGAGUAGUUGGCUACCUGGCCCAAUCCUUCUCCAGCAUCGGGUCAACCUGUCACAAGCUCGCUCAGCAUGUGUGA